UCGAUGGCGCGGGGACAGCCGUCGAGGAUGCAGCUCGAGAUGAUCCACGGGACCCUGCUGUCCAGGCUGGUAGCGCUGUACGCGUUCAUGCUUCACUCAGGUAUCGUGGCCCUUCGUAUGACAGCCCUGCAAAUACCGCAACACGUCGUCCUAAAUGAAACGGUCCGUAUGCAGUGCAACUUCAACCUGGACAAAGAGACACUGUACUCGGUGAAAUGGUACAAAGACGGCCACGAGUUUUAUCGUUAUCUGCCCAGGGAUAUGCCCACGGUGCAGACGUUCCGUGUGCCCGGCGUGAACGUUAACACGCGCAACUCCACGGAGAGAUCGGUGGUGCUCAACAACGUGAACCUCACCAGCUCCGGAAGGUACCGGUGCGAGGUGUCCGCCGAAGCUCCCGCCUUUCAGACCGUGUCUGAUCACGCGGACAUGACGGUAGUCGUGCUUCCUGACGAAGGGCCACGAAUAUCCGGCGGUCGUUCGCGCUACCAAGUGGGGGACGUUGUUUAUAUGAACUGCACGUCCGCGCCCUCGAAACCGGCUGCCCUGUUGACUUGGUACAUCAACGGCGACCCGGCUGAUACCCAGUACCUGCAGGGACCGCACAUUACCGACGUGGACGAAAAGGGCCUGGAAACCGCGGUGCUGGGCUUGGAAUUCCGCGUCGCCAAGAAACACUUCAAACACGGCGACAUGAAGCUAAAGUGCUUGGCGACAAUAGCUACCGUCUAUCUGCAGAGCAACGAGGAGAGCGUCGAGGGGGACGAGAGGAUCCUGAAAGCCCCUGCAAUGGAGAGCCGCGAGACCAGAGCGCAAAGCCACACUCGUAACGAUUUAACGAAUGGUGGACAGUCAGCAACGAUACUUAACUGGAUGAUCAUCGUUCCGAUCACGUGGAUCGUCCUGGCGCGAUAAUAACAACAUUUUUUCACGUCGCUUCCUAAAAGUGUAAAGCGAGUACGUUAGGAGAUCGUUCCCAUCGUAUCUAAUACUAAUUUUUAAGCCGCGUAAUCGUAAUUAAAUAUCAUAUCGAUAAACAUGGUAAGGGUGACGUCCAAUCGGGUGUCGUCGACGUACAAACAUUGGCGGAUUCAUCAAAC